GGAUCCCCUUCCGUCCUCCGGAUGGAGUUGCCGGGCCCGCAUCGCUAGGGUCGGGCCCCUCCCUUCGGGGGCGUGGCUCCAUCUCUUGGGGACUACACCCCCUCCCCCCCGGUUGGGUCUUAGUCCUUUAAAUUCUUGGAAUCACUUUUGGGACGCUAAAGACCCUGAAGCCGCACAGCGGGGUCCUGGGGGGGGGGCUAUAGAGUGGGGUCCUCGGGGCACUUAAUGGGAUUGGGGGGGUUCCGUUGAAAUGUUGCUGGGAGCUCAACUGGAAUCUAAAAGUUCUUCCGGAAGGUGGUCAGGCCCUCCGAGGGGGAGAAGCGAGCAGACAUCCAGCUGAACAACUUCGGUUUCUACACCAACGGCUCCCUGGAGGUGGAGUUGAGCCUCCUGCGGCUGGGCCUCCGGGAGGCAGAAGAGAAGUCCCUGCUGGUGGGGUUCAGUCUCAGCCGGGUUCGAUCUGGCAGAGUUCACUCCUAUUCAACCCGGGAUUUCCAGGACUGCCCUCUCCAGAAAAACAGUAGCAGCUUCCUGGUCCUGUUCCUCAUCAACACCAAGGAUCUGCAGGUCCAGGUGCGGAAGUAUGGAGAGCAGAAGAAGUUGUUUAUCUUUCCCGGGCUCCUCCCCGAAGCGCCCUCCGAACCAGGGCUCCCAAAGCCACAGGCCACAGUCCCCCGCAAGGUGGAUGGCGGAGGGACCGCUGCAGCCAGCAAGCCCAAGUCCACACCCGCAGUGCCUCAGGGUCCUAGCGGGAAGGACAAGGAGCUGGUGUUAGGCCUGAGCCACCUCAACAACUCCUAUAACUUCAGUUUCCACGUGGUGGUCGGCUCUCAGGCGGAAGAAGGCCAGUACAGCCUGAACUUCCACAACUGCAACAAUUCAGUGCCGGGAAAGGAGCAUCCAUUCGACAUCACGGUGAUGAUCCGGGAGAAGAACCCCGAUGGCUUCCUGUCGGCGGCGGAGAUGCCCCUUUUCAAGCUGUACCUGGUCAUGUCCGCCUGCUUCCUGGCCGCCGGCAUCUUCUGGGUGUCCGUCCUCUGCAGGAACAUGUAUAGCGUCUUCAAGAUCCACUGGCUCAUGGCGGCCUUGGCCUUCACCAAGAGCAUCUCUCUCCUCUUCCACAGCAUCAACUACUACUUCAUCAACAGCCAGGGCCACCCCAUCGAAGGCCUUGCCGUCAUGCACUACAUCACCCGCCUGCUGAAGGGUGCUCUUCUCUUCAUCACCAUCGCCCUGAUCGGCUCAGGCUGGGCCUUCAUCAAGUGCGUCCUGUCGGAUAAGGAGAAGAAAGUCUUUGGGAUCGUGAUCUCCAUGCAGGUCCUGGCCAACGUGGCCUACAUCGUCAUCGAGUCCCGCGAGGAGGGCGCCAGCGACUACGUGCUGUGGAAGGAGAUUUUGUUCCUGGUGGAUCUCAUCUGCUGCGGCGCCAUCCUGUUCCCCGUAGUCUGGUCCAUCCGGCAUCUCCAGGAUGCGUCUGGCACAGACGGGAAGGUGGCGGUGAACCUGGCCAAGCUGAAGCUGUUCCGGCAUUACUAUGUCAUGGUCAUCUGCUAUGUCUACUUCACCCGCAUCAUCGCCAUCCUGCUGCAGGUGGCUGUCCCCUUUCAGUGGCAGUGGCUAUACCAGCUCUUGGUGGAAGGCUCCACCCUGGCCUUCUUCGUGCUCACGGGCUACAAGUUCCAGCCCACAGGGGACAACCCGUACCUGCAGCUGCCCCAGGAGGACGAGGAGGAUGUUCAGAUGGAGCAAGUAAUGACCGACUCUGGGUUCCGGGAAGGCCUCUCCAAAGUCAACAAAACAGCCAGCGGGCGGGAACUGUUAUGAUCACCUCCACAUCUCAGACCAAAGGAUCCUUCUCCCCCAGCAUUUCUACUCCUGACCUUCUUCCACAGCGUAUGUGGGGAGGUGGAGGGGGUCCAUGUGGACCAGGCGCCCAGCUCCCCAGGACCCCGGUUCCCGGACAAGCCCAUUUGGAAGAAGAGUCCCUUCCUCCCCCCAAGUAUUGGGCAGCCCUGUCCUCACUCCGGGACCACCCCUCCCUUCCAGCUAUAUGUACAAUAAUGACCAAUCUGUUUGGCUA